AUGACAAUAAGCAAGACGCUCAGGCAUAGUCGAGAGAUGAGGAAGCUCGGACAAGUGAGCAUAACACAACUCCUGCAACGUGAUGGUAUAAUGUACUUCCUGGUGACAGCCGUCUUAUCCUCCAUCGUGACCGUUAUGCAGAUUUUGAGCUUUUUACUUGGUGGUGAUCUAUCGCCUUCCACAUCCACAUUCAGCUCGAUCAUCACCCCCUACUAUCAUGUAUUUCCAAACCUGCUCAUCAACCGUCUCGUCCUCAACCUCCGGACGUUUCAACGACCACGCUAUGGGCGUAAAACAACGACACCAAAACUCCUCGACGACCUGGCAUUCGCAACAAAUCCUGUUCUCGGAAAUAUAGGCGCACCGCUUGAUCCGGACCAAUGGGAUGAAGAAUACAUCGAAGACAAUGAAGAUCUCGAGUCGGAGGUGUUGGGCGAAGUAACGGACCAGCAGCUCGGAGAGGAGGAGGUCCAGGAUGUGGCGCUCGAGAGUCUUGCAGCGAGGGAUUUCUCAACUUCAGAGGGACUGGUAGAUGAGGAGAGGCGGAUGACUGCAGUGCAAGGGACCGGGCUGUCUAUGGUGACGGAAGAUGCGGUGUGA